AUGAUUGAAUUUACAUUUCUUGCAUGUGAUUUGAAAUCAAAAGUUGCCAUAGUCUUAUUGGCAAUUCCGUCCAAGAUUAAAUGUAAUCAUAUUUUGUCCAGCAGGUUCUAUGACUUGGCAGGCUUGCCAAGUGGAAUUCUGAAGAAAGUUAGGGAGGUUUUCCUCACAGGUUGCUACCUCCAAACUACCACUGAAAGUUCUGGUCAUCCGCGUCUUUUGCCAACAGAAUAUCUUGUGAUUCUAUUGGAUGAGAAUCAGGAUGAUGAUGCAAUGCUGCUAGGAGCUCAGUUUUGUCCAGAUUCCUUCUCUUCAAUUUCUCUGGACGGAGUAAACAAAGGGGAUUCUUAUUCACUUUAUGCCAGGAUUGAAAACAUUGAAUCUGCGGAAAUUUGAGGGAGGUUUGGGACCUCACAAAGAAAAGAAAUUACUCUUGUUGAUGGUGAUGGUGAUGGUGUCACAUUAAAGUUUUUCUUGUGGGGUGAGCAGAUUAUCCUUGCCACUCUUUUCAGAGUAGGAAGCAUGCUUGCCCUGGACAAACCAUACGUUGCAAGCUCUGUAGAGUGUGAUAUUGAAACAAGUGAGGAAUUUUGCCUUGAAUAUGGAAAUGCAACACAAUUAUAUUUGGUGCCUUAUAUUCAGCAUGAAGAACAGGCGUGCGUAGAAAUGACACCGAACCACCAUCAAGGUUCUAGGCAAUUGGGUUCGUAUAAUGCCACUCGGGGACUCAGGUUCUCUCAAGCGAGCUUGCCUUGUGAUUCUCUGGGUACCAUUGAUUUCAGUAAUUAUCCUUUUCGGUCAUUUGUGGCCGACCUACGUGACAAGAUGACUGGCAUCAGCCUCUAUGGUGUUGUUACAGAAAUUGUCAAAGGAUAUAAUAACCAAGAAACUGUUUUUUCUUUAAGAAUUGCUGAUGCUAGCAGAGAAAUCAGGGCAAAGCUUCAUUUUACCAGAGUUUGGUCAUUGGGAAGAGGGAGUCUCGGUCACACAGUAUUUAUAUCUGGUUUGAAAUACACCUCUUCCAAACGUCAAAAAUGGUUUGCCGAGUCUGGCUUGUUCAGAACGAAUAUUAUUACGUGA